GUCCAAUUCAAGGCAGUUUAGUAGGCAAUAAAAUCUGAAUGAAUGAGUCACCGCCCUCGAUGGUUGAAUGCCCUUCCCUUCCCUUGUCGUUUUGAUCCACAGGUUGAAUGCCCUCAACCGCCACGCACCGAUCUUUAAGCUCCGAUGCCCUCGUUGCCUUCUUAUACAUGCGUUUGAGUUCUCGCUCGGUACCCCACCUGCUGUCACACAAUGCAAGCGGAAGUAGGCAGGAAGGAGGAGGAGAAGAUGGAAGUGGAGCCCAAGACUGGAGUCUCGUUUCCUGCGAAGCUACCUGAUGGGAAGCAGCUGUGUGCCACCGGGUUAAGGAGAAGGAAACUUCUGGCGUUCGGCGUCAACUUCUACGCCUUCGGAAUGUACGUCCACAUUGAUGCUCGGUCGAAGGAGCUUCUCAUGGCGAAGCUUGGCGAGGCCGCAGAGAAACCCUGUAAGGAACUGUACGAGGCAGUGAUCGACGGCGACGUGGGCAUCGCUGUGAGGCUGGUGAUAGUGUUCAAAGGCCUCACCAUGAGCAUGGUGAGGAAGUCCUUCGAUGAAGGCCUCGUUGGAUCACUGAAGAAGCUCACCGAUGGGCAGAAGAACGAGGAGCUCAUCAAGAAGGUCAUGGCAGCAGCGAAAGAUGGCACUAAACUGCCUCCUGGAUCGGUCAUCGAGAUAACUCGGCUUCCUGGACAAGUGCUGCAGGCCAAGGUGAAAGAUGAGCUGGUGAGCAAGGUGGAGAGUGAGUUGCUGUGCAGAGCUUACUUCCACUUGUAUCUGGGUGAUGAUCCAUUCGACAAGGAGGCCAAAGAGAGAUUUGGAAGAACGCUGGUCUCUUCUCUUUCGGCUCCAUAGGAUAAAAGGAGUACGAGUGGGAAUAAUAAAGGCUGCUUUCGUUUUGCUGCAACAAUGGAGGUUUUCUAUCUACAUGCACAUUUAGCUCAAUGUGUGUGAGUUACUGGAAGUGCAUGUGAUAUGUUACGGCAUUCACAUAUACUUGUUAUCUCUUGUACGUUUGAUGCCUUAAAAGCACUUAGUUAUGGAGUUCUAAGGUACCUAAUAAACAUAUAAUAAUAAUCUCGGGCGAAUUUCCAAAAA